UUUAUUGUUUCUCUCUCUUUUUCUCUCUUUCUUUCUUUUUACUUUAUUUUUGUGUGUGAGUGUGUGUGCGUGUCCCCUUAAAUGAUCAUGUCAGACUCUCAAUUGUUUACCGAGUAUAAACCGAGCACAUCUAGCACUUCCUUAUCUCAGGAACCAUGGAACAAGGUUCAAUCAUCUUAUGCAGCCAAAAGAAAACAGAUCCAAGAAGAAAGAAUGAAACAAUUAAAGGAAUUAGAAGACAAAGUCACAGAAACGACAAAUUGGAAUAAUCAAAAACGAAAAGAAUGGAUAUAUACAAGCCGUGGUCCAAUAAUAGAUGAAGAACAACCUCAGAAAUUAAAGACCAAUCAUCUAGAAGAUGCUACUUUGGAGGAUCUUGAGGACUUGAUCGCUGCUUCAGCUAAAAGAUUAGCUAGUUAUCGAUUAAGAAAUCAAAAGAGUACGACUCAAAAGUCAUCUGAUGAAAUCGGAAGAUGGAAGGAGCUGUUGGAAGAUGGCGUAACUACACCCAGUACGACAACUAGUAGUAGUAGUAGUCAGCAUGAUCGGCUCUCCAACACAAAGCAUUACAACUCGGAUCCAAUUGAACCUAUAAUAACCUCUCCUCUAGAAAAGAGCUCAUCUUAUUUGAGAGUUAAAAGUAUAUUUGAAAAUAACGGUAGCAGUAAUAGUAAUGAAAAUAGACAUUCUUGGAAGAAGAACGCUAUUGAUACUUCGUCUAUUAUUGCAACAAGAUCUACAGUCUCCAAUGCAUCACCUAAAAUUGAAUCUCCUCGUAUCAGCUCAAGCACUACUCCACGUGCAACAACUCAUAAUUUAAGAAAGCUAUCUCGCAUCUCGCCUCAACAAGAUCAGCCACGAACAAGAAAAUUAAGUUCGCUGUCUACUUUACAUAAUGAUGACCAGAAAUCCAUUGAUGAAUAUCUCAAAAGCUACAAGCAAAAUAACAGCGCCAUCAGCAGCAGCAACAAUAAUAGUAGCAGCAGUACCACAGUCGCAAAACGUAAAGUAAAACUGAGUAUUACGAGCAACAUGUCGACUACAACAGCAAACACGACAUCUAUUACCAAUACAACUGCAGCAACGGUUAAAAAGGCAAAAGAAAGCAAGUCAGGAACUGUUGUGAAAAGAAAAAGGGGAAAGGUAGUGUGUAAGGAGCUGGCACAUUUGUCCUAUCUAUGUGGCGCAUAUAUGUCAUGAAAUACUCAUAUUUUAAUAGACCUUGCCUGGAAGUCUUGCUACACCUCCAGCCGUUGCACCAUUAACAUUACCACCUAUGAAAGUAGAGCCAUUGAAUAUACCUUCAUCAAAGCAUACCCGUAACCUACCAAAGACACCUACAAGGAUACCAUUACCUGGCUCUACCUCAAUAUCAAGAUCGUUAGCAAAGCAGGCGAAUGAUGAUGAACCCUCUAAGCCCGCUGUAAUGAAAUCAAGCAAGAGCAAAACAACCGCACAUCAACUUCGAAAACCAAAAUCAAACACCAUUCUGACACCAAAGCUUCAAGUUAGCAAAUCAAACAAGAGCACAGAUGAAAAUCUAUUGCGUAAGAACAGUAUGACGGAUAACACCGCUCCACAACCCGUUGCUACAGGAUCAACCUCUAUUGCCACAUCUUCUGCUUUACGUGUAACAACUUUGACAAACUCUGUAUCUAGCAAGAGCAGUAAG